AUGAAGUCUGGCUCCGGAGGAGGGUCCCCGACCUCGCUGUGGGGGCUCCUGUUUCUCUCCGCCGCGCUCUCGCUCUGGCCGACGAGUGGAGAAAUCUGCGGGCCAGGCAUCGACAUCCGCAACGACUAUCAGCAGCUGAAGCGCCUGGAGAACUGCACGGUGAUCGAGGGCUACCUCCACAUCCUGCUCAUCUCCAAGGCCGAGGACUACCGCAGCUACCGCUUCCCCAAGCUCACGGUCAUUACCGAGUACUUGCUGCUGUUCCGAGUGGCUGGCCUCGAGAGCCUCGGAGACCUCUUCCCCAACCUCACGGUCAUCCGCGGCUGGAAACUCUUCUACAACUACGCCCUGGUCAUCUUCGAGAUGACCAAUCUCAAGGAUAUUGGGCUUUACAACCUGAGGAACAUUACUCGGGGGGCCAUCAGGAUUGAGAAAAAUGCUGACCUCUGUUACCUCUCCACUGUGGACUGGUCCCUGAUCCUGGAUGCGGUGUCCAAUAACUACAUUGUGGGGAAUAAGCCCCCAAAGGAAUGUGGGGACCUGUGUCCAGGGACCAUGGAGGAGAAGCCGAUGUGUGAGAAGACCACCAUCAACAAUGAGUACAACUACCGCUGCUGGACCACAAACCGCUGCCAGAAAAUGUGCCCGAGCACGUGUGGGAAGCGGGCGUGCACCGAGAACAACGAGUGCUGCCACCCCGAGUGCCUGGGCAGCUGCAGCGCGCCUGACAACGACACGGCCUGUGUAGCUUGCCGCCACUACUACUAUGCCGGUGUCUGUGUGCCUGCCUGCCCGCCCAACACCUACAGGUUUGAGGGCUGGCGCUGUGUGGACCGUGACUUCUGCGCCAACAUCCUCAGCGCCGAGAGCAGCGACUCCGAGGGGUUUGUGAUCCACGACGGCGAGUGCAUGCAGGAGUGCCCCUCGGGCUUCAUCCGCAACGGCAGCCAGAGCAUGUACUGCAUCCCUUGUGAAGGUCCUUGCCCGAAGGUCUGUGAGGAAGAAAAGAAAACAAAGACCAUUGAUUCUGUUACUUCUGCUCAGAUGCUCCAAGGAUGCACCAUCUUCAAGGGCAAUUUGCUCAUUAACAUCCGACGGGGGAAUAACAUUGCUUCAGAGCUGGAGAACUUCAUGGGGCUCAUCGAGGUGGUGACGGGCUACGUGAAGAUCCGCCAUUCUCAUGCCUUGGUCUCCUUGUCCUUCCUAAAAAACCUUCGCCUCAUCUUAGGAGAGGAGCAGCUAGAAGGGAAUUACUCCUUCUACGUCCUCGACAACCAGAACUUGCAGCAACUAUGGGACUGGGACCACCGCAACCUGACCAUCAAAGCAGGGAAAAUGUACUUUGCUUUCAAUCCCAAAUUAUGUGUUUCCGAAAUUUACCGCAUGGAGGAAGUGACGGGGACUAAAGGGCGCCAAAGCAAAGGGGACAUAAACACCAGGAACAACGGGGAGAGAGCCUCCUGUGAAAGUGACGUCCUGCAUUUCACCUCCACCACCACGUCGAAGAAUCGCAUCAUCAUAACCUGGCACCGGUACCGGCCCCCUGACUACAGGGAUCUCAUCAGCUUCACCGUUUACUACAAGGAAGCACCCUUUAAGAAUGUCACGGAGUAUGAUGGGCAGGACGCCUGCGGCUCCAACAGCUGGAACAUGGUGGACGUGGACCUCCCGCCCAACAAGGACGUGGAGCCCGGCAUCUUACUACAUGGGCUGAAGCCCUGGACUCAGUACGCCGUUUACGUCAAGGCUGUGACCCUCACCAUGGUGGAGAAUGACCAUAUCCGUGGGGCCAAGAGUGAGAUCUUGUACAUUCGCACCAAUGCUUCAGUUCCUUCCAUUCCCUUGGACGUUCUUUCAGCAUCGAACUCCUCUUCUCAGUUAAUCGUGAAGUGGAACCCUCCCUCUCUGCCCAACGGCAACCUGAGUUACUACAUUGUGCGCUGGCAGCGGCAGCCUCAGGACGGCUACCUUUACCGGCACAAUUACUGCUCCAAAGACAAAAUCCCCAUCAGGAAGUAUGCCGACGGCACCAUCGACAUUGAGGAGGUCACAGAGAACCCCAAGACUGAGGUGUGUGGUGGGGAGAAAGGGCCUUGCUGCGCCUGCCCCAAAACUGAAGCUGAGAAGCAGGCCGAGAAGGAGGAGGCUGAAUACCGCAAAGUCUUUGAGAAUUUCCUGCACAACUCCAUCUUCGUGCCCAGACCUGAAAGGAAGCGGAGAGAUGUCAUGCAAGUGGCCAACACCACCAUGUCCAGCCGAAGCAGGAACACCACGGCCGCAGACACCUACAACAUCACCGACCCGGAAGAGCUGGAGACAGAGUACCCUUUCUUUGAGAGCAGAGUGGAUAACAAGGAGAGAACUGUGAUUUCUAACCUUCGGCCUUUCACAUUGUACCGCAUCGAUAUCCACAGCUGCAACCACGAGGCUGAGAAGCUGGGCUGCAGCGCCUCCAACUUUGUCUUUGCAAGGACUAUGCCCGCAGAAGGAGCAGAUGACAUUCCUGGGCCAGUGACCUGGGAGCCAAGGCCUGAAAACUCCAUCUUUUUAAAGUGGCCGGAACCUGAGAAUCCCAAUGGAUUGAUUCUAAUGUAUGAAAUAAAAUACGGAUCACAAGUUGAGGAUCAGCGAGAAUGUGUGUCCAGACAGGAAUACAGGAAGUAUGGAGGGGCCAAGCUAAACCGGCUAAACCCGGGGAACUACACAGCCCGGAUUCAGGCCACAUCUCUCUCUGGGAAUGGGUCGUGGACAGAUCCUGUGUUCUUCUAUGUCCAGGCCAAAACAGGAUAUGAAAACUUCAUCCAUCUGAUCAUCGCUCUGCCCGUCGCUGUCCUGUUGAUCGUGGGAGGGUUGGUGAUUAUGCUGUACGUCUUCCAUAGAAAGAGAAAUAACAGCAGGCUGGGGAAUGGAGUGCUGUAUGCCUCUGUGAACCCGGAGUACUUCAGCGCUGCUGAUGUGUACGUUCCCGAUGAGUGGGAGGUGGCUCGGGAGAAGAUCACCAUGAGCCGGGAACUUGGGCAGGGGUCGUUUGGGAUGGUCUAUGAAGGAGUUGCCAAGGGUGUGGUGAAAGAUGAACCUGAAACCAGAGUGGCCAUUAAAACAGUGAACGAGGCCGCAAGCAUGCGUGAAAGGAUUGAGUUUCUCAACGAAGCUUCUGUGAUGAAGGAGUUCAAUUGUCACCAUGUGGUGCGAUUGCUGGGUGUGGUGUCCCAAGGCCAGCCAACACUGGUCAUCAUGGAACUGAUGACACGGGGCGAUCUCAAAAGUUAUCUCCGGUCUCUGAGGCCAGAAAUGGAGAAUAAUCCAGUCCUAGCACCUCCAAGCCUGAGCAAGAUGAUUCAGAUGGCCGGAGAGAUUGCAGACGGCAUGGCAUACCUCAACGCCAAUAAGUUCGUCCACAGAGACCUUGCUGCCCGGAAUUGCAUGGUAGCCGAAGAUUUCACAGUCAAAAUCGGAGAUUUUGGUAUGACGCGAGAUAUCUAUGAGACAGACUAUUACCGGAAAGGAGGGAAAGGGCUGCUGCCCGUGCGCUGGAUGUCUCCCGAGUCCCUCAAGGAUGGAGUCUUCACCACUUACUCGGACGUCUGGUCCUUCGGGGUCGUCCUCUGGGAGAUCGCCACACUGGCCGAGCAGCCCUACCAGGGCUUGUCCAACGAGCAAGUCCUUCGCUUCGUCAUGGAGGGCGGCCUUCUGGACAAGCCAGACAACUGUCCCGACAUGCUGUUUGAACUGAUGCGCAUGUGCUGGCAGUAUAACCCCAAGAUGAGGCCUUCCUUCCUGGAGAUCAUCAGCAGCAUCAAAGAGGAGAUGGAGCCUGGCUUCCGGGAGGUCUCCUUCUACUACAGCGAGGAGAACAAGCUGCCCGAGCCGGAGGAGCUGGACCUGGAGCCAGAGAACAUGGAGAGCGUCCCCCUGGACCCCUCGGCCUCCCUGCCACUGCCCGACAGACACUCAGGACACAAGGCCGAGAACGGCCCCGGCCCUGGGGUGCUGGUCCUCCGCGCCAGCUUCGACGAGAGACAGCCGUACGCACACAUGAACGGGGGCCGCAAGAACGAGCGGGCCUUGCCGCUGCCCCAGUCUUCGACCUGCUGAUCCCUGGAUCCUGAAUCUGUGCAAACAGUAACGUGUGCGCACGCGCAGCGGGGUGGGGGGGGAGAGAGUUUUAACAAUCUAUUCACGAGCCUCCUGUACCUCAGUGGAUCUUCAGAACUGCCCUUGCUGCCCGCGGGAGACAGCUUCUCUGCAGUAAAACACAUUUGGGAUGUUCCUUUUUUCAAUAUGCAAGCAGCUUUUUAUUCCCUGCCCAAACCCUUAACUGGCAUGGGCCUUUAAGAACCUUAAUGACAACACUUAAUAGCAACAGAGCACUUGAGAACCAGUCUCCUCACUCUGUCCCUGUCCUUCCCUGUUCUCUCUCCCUUUCUUCUCUCUGCUUCAUAAUGGAAAAAUAAUUGCCACAAGUCCAGCUGGGAAGCCCUUUUUAUCAGUUUGAGGAAGUGGCUGUCCCUGUGGCCCCAUCCAACCACUGUACACACCCGCCUGACACCGUAGGUCAUUACAAAAAAACACGUGGAGAUGGAAAUUUUUACCUUUAUCUUUCACCUUUCUAGGGACAUGAAAUUUACAAAGGGCCAUCGUUCAUCCAAGGCUGUUACCAUUUUAACGCUGCCUAAUUUUGCCAAAAUCCUGAACUUUCUCCCUCAUCGGCCCGGCGCUGAUUCCUCGUGUCCGGAGGCAUGGGUGAGCUUGUCUGGUUGCUCCAUUUGAGAGACACGCUGGCGACACACUCCGUCCGUCCGUCCGACUGCCCCUGCUGUGCUGCUCAAGGCCACAGGUCUCAGUGCUUCUGACUAGGUUAUUAUUUGGGGGAACUGGACACAAUAGGACUUUCUCAGUGAAGGUGGGGAGAAGCUGAACCGGCUUCCCUGCCUCCCCACCCCCUGCCCAACCCCCAAGCAUCUGGUGGCCAUGGGCCCCGAAGCAGCCUGGCCGACAGGCUUUGAGUCAAGGGGGCCCCAUGCCUGCUUCUCUCCCAGCCCCAGCUCCCCCGCCCACCCCCAAGGACACAGAUGGGAAGGGGUUUCCAGGGACUCAGCCCCACUGUUGAUGCAGGUUUGCAAGGAAAGAAAUUCAAACACCACAACAGCAGUAAGAAGAAAAGCAGUCAAUGGAUUCAAGCAUUCUAAGCUUUGUUGACAUUUUCUCUGUUCCUAGGACUUCUUCAUGGGUCUUACAGUUCUAUGUUAGACCAUGAAACAUUUGCAUACACAUCGUCUUUAAUGUCACUUUUAUAACUUUUUUACGGUUCAGAUAUUCAUCUAUACGUCUGUACAGAAAAAAAAAAGCUGCUAUUUUUUUUGUUCUUGAUCUUUGUGGAUUUAAUCUAUGAAAACCUUCAGGUCCACCCUCUCCCCUUUCUGCUCACUCCAAGAAACUUCCUAUGCUUUGUACUAGAGUGCGUGACUUUCUUCCUCUUUUCCCGGUAAUGGAUACUUCAAUCACAUAAUUUGCCAUGAACUGUUGGAUGCCUUUUUAUAAAUACAUCCCCCAUCCCUGCUCCCACCUGCCCCUUUAGUUGUUUUCUAACCCGUAGGCUCUGUGGGCACGAGGCAGAAAGGCGGCCGGGCACCCAUCCUGAGAGGGCCGCGCUCCUCUCCCCAGCCUGCCCUCACAGCAUUGGAGCCUGUUACAGUGCAAGACAUGAUACAAACUCAGGUCAGAAAAACAAAGGUUAAAUAUUUCACACGUCUUUGUUCAGUGUUUCCACUUACCGUGGUUGAGAAGCCUCACCCUCUCUUUCCCUUGCCUUUGCUUAGGUUGUGACACACAUAUAUAUAUUUUUUUAAUUCUUGGGUACAACAGCAGUGUUAACCGCAGACACUAGGCAUUUGGAUUACUAUUUUUCUUAAUGGCUAUUUAAUCCUUCCAUCCCACGAAAAACAGCUGCUGAGUCCAAGGGAGCAGCAGAGCGUGGUCCGGCAGGGCCUGCUGUGGCCCUCGCCACCACCCUCACUGGACCGACUGACCUGUCUUUGGAACCAGAACAUCCCAAGGGAACUCCUUCGCACUGGCGUUGAGUGGGACCCCAGGAUCCAGGCUGGCCCAGGGCGGCACCCUCAGGGCUGUGCCGGCUGGAGUGCUAGGUGGAGGCAGCACAGACGCCACGGUGGCCCAAGAGCCCCUUUGCUUCUUGCUGGGGGACCAGGGCUGUGGUGCUGGCCCACUUUCCCUCGGCCAGGAAUCCAGGUCCUUGGGGCCCAGGGGUCUUGUUUUGUUUCAUUUUUAGCACUUCUCACCAGAGAGAUGACAGCACAAGAAUUGCUUCUGGGAUAGAAAUGUUUAGGAGUAAGAACAAAGCUGGGAUACGGUGAUUGCUCGUUGUGACUGAAGAUUCAACACAGAAAAGAAAGUUUAUACGGCUUUUUUGCCGGUCAGCAGUUUGUCCCACUGCUUUCUCUAGUCUCUAUCCCAUAGCGUGUUCCCUUUAAAAAAAAAAAAAAAAAGUAUAUGUAGGAGUUUUCUUUUAAUUUAUUUUGUGAUAAAUUACCAGUUUCAAUCACUGUAGAAAAGCCCCAUUAUGAAUUUAAAUUUCAAGGAAAGGGUGUGUGUGUGUAUGUGUGGGGGGUGUGUGUGUGAGAGUGAUGGGACAGUUCUUGAUUUUUUGGGUUUUUUUCCCCCCAAACAUUUAUCUACCUCACUCUUAUUUUUUAUAUGUGUAUAUAGACAAAAGAAUACAUCUCACCUUUCUCAGCACCUGACAAUAGGCCGUUGAUACCGGUAACCUCAUCCACGCCACAGGCGCCACACCCAGGCGAUGCAGGGGGAAGCCAGGCUGGAUUCCGGGGUCAAAGCAACACUAACUCACCUCUCUGCUCAUUUCAGACAGCUUGCCUUUUUCUGAGAUGUCCUGUUUUGUGUUGCUUUUUUUGUUUCGUUUUCUAUCUUGGUUUCCACCAAGGUGUUAGAUUUCUCCUCCUCCUAGCCAGGUGGCCCUGUGAGGCCAACGAGGGCACCAGAGCACACCUGGGGCAGCCACCAGGCUGUCCCUGGCUGGUUGUCUUUGGAACAAACUGCUUCUCUGCAGAUGGAAUGACCAGCACAUUUCGUCCUUAAGAGAGCAGUGGUUCCUCAGGUUCUGAGGAGAGGAAGGUGUCCAGGCAGCACCAUCUCUGUGCGAAUCCCCUGGGUAAAGGCGUGGGGCAUUGGGGUUGCUCCCCUUGCUGCUGCUCCAUCCCUGCAGGAGGCUUGCGCUGAGGCAGGACCGUGCGGCCAUGGUUGCUGCAUUCAUUGAGCACAAAGGUGCAGGUGCAGCAGCAGCUGGAGAGCAAGAUUCACCCAGCCUGUGCGCCAGAAUGCAGAGGCUCCUGACCUCACAGCCAGUCCCUGAUAGAACACACGCGGGAGCAGAGUCCCCUCUCCCUCCAGGCUGCCCUCUCAACUUCUCCCUCACCUCCUCCCCUAGGGGUAGACAGAGAUGUACCAAACCUUCAGGCUGGAAAGCCCAGUGGUCGGCGCCAAGCCUCGUGGCGUCACCCCUCCCCCGCCAGGGCUGUACCUCCAUCUCCCUGGUCCUGCUGCUCACAGGACAGACGGCUCGCUCCCCUCUUCCAGCAGCUGCUCUUACAGGCACUGAUGAUGUCGCUGGGAAGCGUGGCGGGCAGCUUUGCCUAAGCGUGGAUGGCUCCUCGGCAAUUCCAGCACUAAGUGAAGGCGCUCAGGAGCCUCCUGCCGGAACGCGACCCAUCUCUCCCAAGACCCCGGGGAUCUUAAGGUCAUUGAGAAAUACUGUUUGAUCAGGGUUUUCUUCCACACUGUAGGUGACCCCUUGGAAUAAUGGCCUCUCCUCUCAUGCACAUACCUACCGGUUUCCACAACUGGAUUUCUACAGAUCAUUCAGCUGGUUAUAAGGGUUUUGUUUAAACUGUCUGAGUUACUGAUGUCAUUUUUGUUUUAUGUAGGUAGCUUUUAAGUAGAAAACACUAACAGUGUAGUGCCCAUCAUAGCAAAUGCUUCAGAAACACCUCAAUAAAAGAGAAAACUUGGCUUGUGUGAUGGUGCAGUCAUUUUACUGGACCAACCCACCCACCUUGACUAUACCAAGGCAUCAUCUAUCCACAGUUCUAGCCUAACUUCAUGCUGAUUUCUCUGCCUCUUGAUUUUUCUCUGUGUGUUCCAAAUAAUCUUAAGCUGAGUUGUGGCAUUUUCCAUGCAACCUCCUCCUGCCAGCAGCUCACACUGCUUGAAGUCAUAUGAACCACUGAGGCACAUCAUGGAAUUGAUGUGAGCAUUAAGACAUUCUCCCACACAGCCCUUCCCUGAGGCAGCAGGAGCUGGUGUGUACUGGAGACACUGUUGAACUUGAGACCCAGGUCUCCUUCGUGGGAUGUCAUGACGUUUGACAUACCUUUGGAACGAGCCUCCUCCUCGGAAGAUGGAAGACCGUGUUCGUGGCCGACCUGGCCUCUCCUGGCCUGUUUCUGAAGAUGCGGAGUCACGCUUCAAUGGUAGGAAAAGUGGCUUCGUAAAAUAGAGCGGUCACCGUGGAACUACCAAAUGGCAAGAUGCUCGGUGCACACUGGGGUGCUUUGGAAUAAAAGAUUUAUGAGCCAACUAUUCUCUGGCACCAGAUUCUAGGCCAGCUUGUUCCACCAAAGCUUUUCCCACAGCAGUGCACCUCUGCAGGCUGGCGGCCGAAUGGCUUGCAAGUGGCUCUGUGGCAAGAUCACACUGAGAUCAGAUGGGUGAGAAGGCUAGGAUGCUUGUCCAGCGUCCUUAGCUGUCACGUUGGGUCCUCCCAGGGUGGCCAGUGUUGGCCACUCCCUUCUAAAACACAGGCGCCCUCCUGGUGACAGUGACCCGCCGUGGUAUGCCUUGGCCCAUUCCAGCAGUCCCAGUUAUGCAUUUCAAGUCUGGGGUUUGUUCUUUUCAUUAAUGUUCCUCUGUGUUGUCAGCUGUCUUCAUUUCCUGGGCUAAGCAGCAUUGGGAGAUGUGGACCAGAGAUCCACUCCUUAAGAACCAGUGAUGAAAGACACUUUCUUUCUUCACUCUGAAGUAGCUGGUGGUACAAAUGAGAACUUCAAGAGAGGAUGUUAUUUAGACUGAACCUCUGUUGCCAGAGAUGCUGAAGAUACAGACCUUGGACAGGUCAGAGGGUUUCAUUUUUGGCCUUCAUCUUAGAUGACUGGUUGCGUCAUUUGGAGAAGUGAGCGCUCCUUGAUGGUGGAAUGACCGGGUGGUGGGUACGGAACCAUUGUCACAGGGAUCCUGGCACAGAGAAGAGUUACGAGCAGCAGGGUGCAGGGCUUGGAAGGAAUGUGGGCAAGGUUUUGAACUUAAUUGUUUUUGAAGCUAUCAGACCACAUCGAGGCUCAGCAGUCAUCCGUGGGCAUUUGGUUUCAACAAAGAAACCUAACAUCCUACUCUGGAAACUGAUUUCGGAGUUAAGGCGAAUUGUUCAAGAACACAAACUACAUCGCACUCGUCAGUUGUCAGUUCUGGGGCAUGACUUUAGGGUUUUGUUUCUGCGAGAACAUAACGAUCACUCAUUUUUAUGUCCCACGUGUGUGUGUCCACAUCUUUCUGGUCAACAUUGUUUUAACUAGUCACUCAUUAGCGUUUUCAAUAGGGCUCUUAAGUCCAGUAGAUUACGGGUAGUCAGUUGACGAAGAUCUGGUUUACAAGAACUAAUUAAAUGUUUCAUUGCAUUUUUGUAAGAACAGAAUAAUUUUAUAAAAUGUUUGUAGUUUAUAAUUGCCGAAAAUAAUUUAAAGACACUUUUUUUCUCUGUGUGUGCAAAUGUGUGUUUGUGAUCCAUUUUUUUCUUUUUUUAGGACACCUGUUUACUAGCUAGCUUUACAGUAUGCCAAAAAAGGAUUUUUCCCUGACCCCAGCCGUGGUUCACCCUCUUUUCCCCCCAUGCUUUUUGCCCUAGUUUAUAACAAAGGAAUGAUGAUGAUUUAAAAAGUAGUUCUGUAUCUUCAGUAUCUUGGUCUUCCAGAACCCUCUGGUUGGGAAGGGGAUCAUUUUUUACUGGUCAUUUCCCUUUGGAGUGUACCUACUUUAACAGAUGGAAAGAACCUCAUUGGCCAUGGAAACAGCCGAGGUGUUGGAGCCCAGCAGUGCAUGGCACUGUUCAGCAUCUGGCUUGAUUGGUCUGGCUGCCGUCAUUGUCAGCACAGUGCCAUGGACAUGGGAAGACUUGACUGCACAGCCAAUGGUUUUCAUGAUGAUUACAGCAUACACAGUGAUCACAUAAACGAUGACAGCUAUGGGGCACACAGGCCAUUUGCUUACAUGCCUCGUAUCAUGAUUGAUUACUGCUUUGUUAGAACACAGAAGAGACCCUAUUUAAGGCAGAACCCCGAAGAUACGUAUUUCCAAUACAGAAAAGAAUUUUUAAUAAAAACUAUAACAUACACAAAAAUUAGUUUUAAAGUUGACUCCACUUCCUCUAACUCCAGUGGAUUGUUGGCCAUGUCUCCCCAACUCCACAAUAUCUCUAUCGUGGGAAACACCUGGGGUUUUUGCGCUACAAAGGAGAAAGAUCUGGAAAUUAUUUGGGUUUUGUUUUCAACUUUUCAUUUGGAUGUUUGGCGUUGCACACACACCCACCGGUGGAAGAGAUGCCCGGUGAAAACACCUGUCUGCUUUCUAAGCCAGUGAGGUUGAGGUGAGAGGUUUGCCAGAGUUUGUCUACCUCUGGGUAUCCCUUUGUCUGGGAUAAAAAAAAUCAAACCAGAAGGCGGGAUGGAAUGGAUGCACCGCAAAUAAUGCAUUUUCUGAGUUUUCUUGUUAAAAAAAAUUUUUUUUAAGUAAAAAAAAAGGUAAUAACAUGGCCAAUUUGUUACAUAAAAUGACUUUCUGUGUAUAAAUUAUUCCUAAAAAAUCCUGUUUAUAUAAAAAAUCAGUAGAUGAAAAAAAUUUCAAAAUGUUUUUGUAUAUUCUGUUGUAAGAAUUUAUUCCUGUUAUUGCGAUAUACUCUGGAUUCUUUACAUAAUGGAAAAAAGAAACUGUCUAUUUUGAAUGGCUGAAGCUAAGGCAACGUUAGUUUCUCUUACUCUGCUUUUUUCUAGUAAAGUACUACAUGGUUUAAGUUAAAUAAAAUAAUUCUGUAUGCA